AUGAAGCUCUCCACCAGCCUCCUUUUCUCCGCCCAGGUUCUCUCCAUCCUCGCCCUCCCCGCACCACCCGAGAUCGGAAAGGUUGCGGCCAACACCACCGUAGGUGGGGCUGCCGGAGCGGGAGAAGCGGGAGGUGCCGCCGAGGGUGAAGCCGGGGCCGAGGAGAAUGAGAUCGAGCAGCAAGGCCAGUUCGGAACGGUCAUCACCCUCGGCGGUGGUGACAUCAAGACCGAUACCGUCUUUCCUCCUGGCACCAAUGGUGCCCUCGAAGUCGAGUUCCAGAACCAAGAGGGCCGUCAGCUGCGCGUCACUGAAAACCCGACGCCGGCCGCGGCCCCGGCAGGUUUUGUCGCCCUCGAGCCGGUCUCGUAUAUCGUUGAGUUGAGCGGGGGUGCGGCCGGCGCGCAGGGCCUGACGCUGCAGAAGAUUGACUACAUCCAGAAUGCUGAGAGCACAACCGACAUCUCCGCAGGCCAAGUCGGCCGUUUCUGCCCCGAAGCCAACUCCUUCGUCUUUGGCGAGGGCGAAUUCGAGUUUGAGGCUGAGGAAAAAGAGCUCAGCCUGUCUGUGACCAACAUGGUUGGCGAGUGGGCUUUCUUUGUGCCUGAUCCUGCUUCUGCUGGCGGUGCUGGUGAAGGUGCUGGUGAGGGGGGUACUGCUGCUGGAGAAUUGGGGACGGGGGAGGGAGCUGGUACGGGAGCUGAUGCCUCAUGUGCUGCGGGGACUACUUGUCGUGCGUUGCUUGAUGCGCUGCGGCAGCUGGUUGGUGGCCAGGUGUAA